CCACACCACCGGCUUAAAUUGGGAAUUGACAAACUGCACGAAUUUGGCAGAAUAAAAUCGAAAACUAACGAAAAUGGCGCAAAAUGCUCCAGCUUGUAGGGACACACAGGAUUUCCAAUUUAAACUGCGCGACAAAUUUAUAGCGUUCAAAAAAUGCGGCGAGCCCCGCAGCAAUGUGAAAUUACUGGCGAUCUCCAGCAGCCGUGGAUUGCUCUUCGCCGGCAGUCCAACACAGCCGGAACUCAAGGUUAUUAUCGUCAAGGAUCUGGCCAAUGCCAAGAGUACAGGACAACAGCCGCAGGCGCGACUUGUGCCACUGCCAAGUGUCCCGAACUACAUUGCCUGCAGCUCCGAUGGCAACCUGCUGGGCGUGAAUCACACCCAGAACGGCACUAGCCUGCUCAGCAUCUAUGCGGUGCCAACGUUCAUGACCCCGGAUGUUCGUCCCGUUUAUAGUAUUCGGCUGGCGGCCGAGGAUCACGUGCACGCUGUCCAGCUGCUCUGGAAUCCCGUGCUGCCCAACAGCCUGGCCGUGGUGCUGAGCAACGGAGGCCUCGGAAUGUACGCCCUGAAGGAGGGGGGCAACUUUGAGAUGCACUCGUUGGACAAGAACCAGCAGGUGAAGUGCGGCUGCUGGUCGCCCAAAGGCAAGCAGAUCGUCCUCGGCUUCCCCGGCGGCAGGAUCCAGCAAUUCAAGCCGGACUUGACUCCGGCCAAGACCCUGUCCUGUCCGCCGAAUGUACACGACGCCCCCUUCGACACGAUCGCCAUCCAGUGGCUAUCAACGUUCCAGUUCGCAGUGAUCUUCCUGCAACACGGCGAGGAUUGCAAUCCGUCCCUGUACAUCGUUAAUGCUCCCAAAGCCGGUGCACCCAGCUACAUCAACUACUAUGACAUCUGCUACAGCCUGAAUGGACCGCGGAAUCAUCAGUUCCUCUUCAACCAUGUGCCCCAGUGGAAUCUGCUGCUCGUGAUCUCGGCUAAUGGCGUCGAGGUGGGCGUGAUGGGAACUUCGGAGACCGGUGACACGCCCGCCUGGCAACAGUUAACUUUGCUGGAUGAGGCUCGCAUCGAGAUGCCCCUGAGUGAGGCCACACAGGAGGAGACCUUCCCGCUGGGCUUUGUCUACGAUACGUCUACUACGCACCAACUGACCAUUAACGAGCAAAAGCUCCAGACCAUGCCCAUGGUGCACGUUUUGGGUUCGGACGGAGCUCUGCUUUCUUUCGAUUUCCUGAAUAUGCUGCCGGGUGCGGUGUCUGUUUGCUCGCCGCCACCGCCAGUGGCGGAUACUUCGGGUCAAUUCAGGCCGCUAAACAUGUUGCUUCCCGUUGAGGAGGAGGAGCAGCAGGCUGCGGCUGCCAGUCCGCCGCUCAAGACUCCUGCGGUGACCGCUCCCUCGGACAUAUCGUUCGCCUUCACAUCAAAUACCGUAACUUCAACUCCGGCUCCUGCAAAGGAUAAGCCGCCAUCGCUGUUCUCCGGCUUUGGAGCCGCUGCAGCCAAAGCUUCGGCACCGCAACUGUCGUUCGGAGCUGCUUCGGUCCCUGCCCCGCAAUCUUUUGCAGCUCCAACUGCUACUCCCGUCAAGCCAGGCACUGGAUUUAGUGGAUUUGGUGUGCAAUCAACUACUCCGGCAAUGGGAUCGUUGUUUUCCGCUCCCGCAGUAAAUACCUUUGGCGGCAUGGCUAUGAACAAACCGGUCGCUGCUUCUGUAACCCCACGCUCGGCGGCUCCGGAGAAAGCAGACAAUGUAGCUGCUGCUGCCGUUAAUAAGCCACUGUACACUGUUCCUCCGACAUUUGCACCGGUGGCCACGAAGCCAACUGCACCAGCGCCCCCUGUUAGUGUAGUAGAAACUCUUAGGCCGGAUGACACGGAGCCCAUCAUAAAAGACAUGAUUGCCCUGCAAAUCGAGGCCUUCAGUCAGGACAUUCAGAAGCAGAAGAAUCAGACUAAGGAGUUGCUUAAAGGCAUUGCAGCUCCUUCAGACUUACGCGCCUUUGCCAAGCGAUUGGACGAUCUUCAAGAGCUGAACGAACAAGCCAAGGAUGUGGAAUUCGAGUUGGAUGUUCAGGGAUUACGCCAGGGUCUUAACGAGGCCUAUGCCAUUGUGGCCGAGUGCCGUGGCAAACUGGAGAUUUAUAGGAAACCCGAUAUCACGCGUCUGAUGAACUCAAGCUCCUGUGACCCCGCUGGCCGUCGCAUGCUAGCCCGUCUUCAGAGCUAUGUGGCCGCCAACGAAGCCCAGCUGCGUCUCGCCCAGCAGCACGUCGAUGUGCAGUGGGAGCAGUUCCAGGACGUGGUGCGGCGCAACUCCAAGUCUCGCAUGCACAUGCCAUGUCUGGAGGGCAUCUACCAGCGACUGACGAAGCUGCAGAACCUCACUUCUGACCAGAGGAUCCGACAGAACCACAUCAAAGCCAAGCUCAAGGAGCGCGGAUUGCUCCAGAACGCAUUGCUCGACCAGGAGAACAGUCGCACUCGCACCAACGAAGCAGUGGACACAUUGGCCGACUCCAUACUCUCGAUGAGCCUGAGCCAAGUGGUGGACUCCAAUGCAGCCAAGCUCACGCAGCAAAGGCUGCAGAAGAUUCGUAAGGUUGUCCAGCUGCAGAAAAUCAAUAUUAUAUGUCCCCAGCGACCGGAUCGCGUGGGUCUCAAGUCGGAGGUGAUUUUGGAAACAAAACGUAGGGCGGAGCAGAUUAAAAAGGCGGCCGCUAAGCCAGCAACGGCCAACAAGUGCACUCAGGCAGCAGUGGCUCUUCCUCCGGCCCCAGCUGCUGCACCCAUGUCGCAAGCUCCUCCAACAGUGGCUCCUCAGCUGCCGAAACCAAUGCCAUCUAAGCCGACCGUUGUGGAAAAGCCUGCAGCCCCCAUUCUUUCUGCUACAUCCACAGCUACGCCAUUCUCCUUCAGCCAGAGCAGCCCGUUUGUGAAGACUUCCACGGUGACACCGACGACAAAUACUGUGACCCCUGGUGAAGCUGCCAAACCGGGUCUCUCUUUGUUCGGCGGAAUGGGCAGUGCUGGUUCCGGCUUUAGUUUUGGUGGCGGUGCCAAGUCGGCGCUCUCAUUUGGUGGCGGAGCACCGGCAGUGGAAGCGGCUCCGAUGCAGAAACCAAACCUUUCGGCAGGUAUUGCAAAGGAUCAGCCUGCACCAGAGCCAGCUAAGCCCAAAGAGCAGAAGGCGGGGCUAGAAAUCAAGCCAGUGACAGCGGCAGUCGAGACUACAAAAGUACCGCCACAAACGCCAAAGGCGGAGAACGCUAACAAAUCAUUCGGCUUCGGCGGCUUUUCGGGAACUGGCGGUGCUGUGGGAAGUGCCACCAGCACUCCGUUCAGCUUUGGUGGAUUGGGCUCAUCACUGGGCUUUGGCGGAGCCGCCCCAUCUGUCCCAAAAUCGGAAGCUCCCAACGCGUCAGCCACUAGCGCAGCCGCUUCCGCUUCUCCAUUUGGCAUGUUCUCGGCAGCUUUAACUAAGCCAACCACCAGUGAACCCACAGUGACCACCAGCAGCACCACCACUAUUACCAGCAAGCCCACGCCUGUAAUUGGUUCGACCAGUUCGGCUGAAGACACUUCCGUGCCUGCGUCAACCGGAGUGACCAGCAUCUCGGACCCCAUCGGCGGACUUUUCAGCUCUGUAAACAUUUGCAAGCCAAACACCCCAGCAGAUUCCACCAAACCAGCUAAUAUUUUUGGAGGUCUCAGUAGUGGUUCAGACACGAGCAACUUUUCAUUUGGCGGCGCAACUGGAGACGCCUCGAAGGGACUAUUUGGCAGCAUCACUCAAGCAGCAACGACAACAACAUCUGCAACAACUGUUGUGGAUGCCACAAUCAAAACUGAACCCAUCACUACCACAGCAAUGGCAGCUCCCACAGUGGCUACAACAGCUGCAUCAAGUGCAGGAACAGUUGCUCCGGCUGCAGCAUCAGCAGCAACGCCUUCGAGUACCGCUCCAGCUACAUCCGGUAAUACUGUCCCCGGCAGCGCUUUCUCCUUCUCGAACGCUUUUAGCAGCCUCAGUGCAGGAGGUGCGACUCCAAGUACCACUUCUGCUGCUCCUUUAGUUGCCAGCAGCUCCACCGCGUCGACAGCCAGUAAUGCCUCGUCCUCGGUGUUUGGAGCUGGCUUCGCAGCGCCAGCAUCGUCAGCGGCUCCGGUGGUCAGCCCCUUUCAAUCGGCUCCAAAGAGCACGGCACCGAGUGGAAACAUUUUUGGCAGUAUACCCAAGCCGGAGAGCAGUGUUUUUGGGGCAGCUCCUGUUGCACCUUUGAGCACGCCGGCUGCGCCAACAGCAGCUGCACCGCCCACGGGUCUCUUUGCAUCAGCCGCCAUAAGCAAUCCGUCGCCAUUCAGCAGUCCUCCAAGUGGAGCAGCUGCAGCCGGCGGAAACAUUUUCGGACAGACGGUGAAGACGAGCGUGUUUGGUCAGCCCGCGCCAGCAGCAGCCAGCGGUGGAUCUAUAUUUGGAGGUGGAACCAAUGCUCCCUUUGGAUCGAGCUCCAUUUUUGGAGGAAGUAAUCCACAAAGCCCCGUGGGCGCCCCCGCUGCAGGAAGUACUUCAAUCUUUGGCCAAAAUGUGUUUGGUCAGUCAGCGGCAGCAUCGCCGGCAGCUGGUGGAAACAUAUUCGCCAAUCCAGUGGGCACUCCGCAGGCUUCGGCUUUUGGCGGCGGAGGAAAUUCGAUCUUUGGAUCACCUGCACCAGCUACUGCCUCGCCUGUCUCCGGCGGAUCGAUCUUUGGCGGUGGCAACAGCUCCGGUGGAUUUGGCUCCUUCUCGCAGACAACACCAGCUCAGGGAGGCUUUGGUGGUGGUGGCUUUGCCCAGGGCGGUGGCGGAUCAGUGGCUCAGACGGGCUUUGGAUCAGCGCCAUCGCCGCAACAGCAACCGACGCCGGGUGGAUUUGGAGCCAAGCCCGUUUUUGGUGGUUCUCCGGCCUUUGGAGCGAGUCCCACCUUUGGAGGGGGCCCCACCUUCGGCAGUCCCAAGGGAUUUGGUGGCUUUGGCGGGGCUGCCCCAGUAGCCUCACCGCCAGCCUUUGGUGCUGCUGCCAAACCGGCCGAGGGAAACAUUUUCGAGACUCUGGGUGGUCAGGAAUCUGGACUCUCCUUUGGAAACUUGGCACAGACUGGCAACUCGAAUGCCCAGAAGCCUGCCUUUGGCGGAUCGAGUUUUAUGAAUUAUCGUUGAGUUAUUGAUUCUUGUGUUCGUUCAGUGUUGACUGUAGAUUAGAUUACCACCUAAAACAUACCACCAUUAAAAUUUACAAAGAUCUUUGAA